AUGAUAGAUCAAUUUCAUGUCAUUUGUCACCCGUAUAUUCUUGAUGUCGUUGAUGUCAUUGCUAAUGGGCAUUGUGGAUACAGAUGCAUUGCUGCUUUAUUGGGUAUGGGUGAAGACUCUUGGCCACUUAUCCGACAUGAUUUAUUUAAAGAAUUGAGCCAAUAUCGUGACGAUUAUGCAAGAUUAUUAGGUAGUUAUGACCGAGUCGAAGAACUAAGGAAGUCCUUGCUAGUAGAUUCAACUUCUGGGGGUAACAUGGACAAAUGGAUGACUAUACCUGACAUGGGAUAUGUUAUUGAUAAUAAAUACAAUGUCAUAUUAGUGUGUUUGUCAUUGGUUCAAAAUAUGACAAUACUUCCACUACGUUCUACACCACCCGUUGAUAUAAGGCAACAUCGAAUGAUCAGUAUAGGACAUGUUAACAGUUCACAUUUUGUGCAGGUUAAACUACAAGAUGGUUGUCCUAUACCAAUGGUAGACAUGAUUUGGUCUCAUUAUUGUUAUCCCGAGGCUAGAGCAUGGUCAUCCUUUUAUGUUAAACUACAAGAUGGUUGUCCUAUACCAAUGAUAGACAUGAUUUGGUCUCAUUAUUGUUAUCCCGAGGCUAGAGCAUGGUCAUCCUUUUCUGUUAGUAGGAUGCAAAAAUUCGCGGAAUUGAUUGGUGAUAAUUGUAGUUAUGUAGACCUACAUUGUGACUGA